AUGACAAGGGCGGGAGGGUCGAGGGAACUAUCGGCGAGAGGUCGCGGACACAGUCGGAACACGUUUGAUAUGCAAACAACAUUAACGAGCCUGCGUUAUGUGACGCACGGAACGUAUGGAUGUGACGGACAAAGGACCUCGCGUACGAGCGACCAGGACACGAGCGACCAGGACACGAGCGACCAGGACACGAGCGGCCAGGACACGAGCGACCAGGACACGAGCGACCAGGACACGAGCGACCAGGACACGAGCGACCAGGACACGAGCGACCAGGACACGAGCGACCAGGACACGAGCGACCAGGACACGAGCGGCCAGGACACGAGCGACCAGGACACGAGCGACCAGGACACGAGCGACCAGGACACGAGCGGCCAGGACACGAGCGACCAGGACACGAGCGACCAGGACACGAGCGACCAGGACACGAGCGACCAGGACACGAGCGACCAGGACACGAGCGACCAGGACACGAGCGACCAGGACACGAGCGGCCAGGACACGAGCGACCAGGACACGAGCGACCAGGACACGAGCGACCAGGACACGAGCGACCAGGACACGAGCGACCAGGACACGAGCGGCCAGGACACGAGCGACCAGGACACGAGCGGCCAGGACACGAGCGACCAGGACACGAGCGACCAGGACACGAGCGACCAGGACACGAGCGACCAGGACACGAGCGACCAGGACACGAGCGGGCUCUCAGAGAUCAUUACUUCAAGUCAACAGACGUGUAAGGCUCGUGUGAAGACGGAGAUACAAGAUAUGGGUAACGAGUUCUAUUCCGAGGCGAUGACACCUGCACCACUUAUAGACCUGCCACCUGCCACCUGCCAACUAACUACCACCAAUAUGUCACAACUAAUUGACGCUUUACAUCACACCAGAGACCAGCUCCUUCCUCACGGAACGCGAAAAACGUCUGGUAUGGAGAUCAGGGUUGAUGGAGUCAAUGACCUUGGAGUUAUAGAGAGUUGCGAGGGUCACCGAAAACAAACGGACAGACGAACUGAGUCUAAUAUACUUACUACUGAGCUGUGUAGCAGGCUCUCCGCCGGCGGGAGACUCGGCUGGCAGCGAGCCCGGACCCCCCGCCCCCCGCCCCCUCUCCCUGGGACCCCAGCCGCCUCUCACAAAGCGCGCACAGUAUUCUGGUGUCUGAGUUUACACGAUAAGGAGAGUAAUGCUAUGGACAGUUUUCAUUUCCUGACGCGCUGUGAGCGUCGUUGUCAUCCGAUAUCUGCAGUGAACGGCUCAAGUUCGUUGCGACUCGACUCAGCGACAGCUGGCGGAGAAAGUCGGCUGACGGUUAAUAGAGUGGUAACCGGUGACACACUUCACAUAUACACUUAUAAUAGAGAUUGUUUUAACGUUAAAGGUUGGGGGGAGCGGGAACCGUAUAUAACAAUGUUACAAACACUUGAAACAUUUCGACCGCCUCGUACGACCCGACGGCUCCAGGUGUGUUACACUGAAUGUGCUACAUCUGUUACAACGGACAUGCAGUACACCGCGCCCGCGCCCCGAGGAUAA